AUGUCAGCAUUCAGCAGAGCACUCCCAACGGCGGUAAAAGAAAUCAGACUAAUUGGAUGCCAAACUGGAAACAGAUCAGAGGGAUUCAGGCAAUUCGUACAAUCAUCCUACCCUAAUCUCAAGCAAUCGAAUCCACAUCUACCAAUCCUCGUUCGUGAGGCUGCCGGUGUACCAGCACGUGCAUUCGCUAGAUUUGAAUACGGCUUGGAGAAGAACGUUAGCUUAGAUGGAUUGUCUGCAGGUGAGGUGACAAAGCAGGUCGAGACGCUGCUGUCCAAGACCAAUUAG